CUGAUAACUACUCACACAAAUGGGGACAGCAGAGUGCUUUGAGCACGGGACAGGUGAAGAAACCACACAGUGAUUCUCAUGUUCCAGACCUUUCAGACGCCAGGUCUAUGGAAAUGCAGGACCUAGCCAGUCCUCAUAACCGCGUCGGAGCUGGAGAUUCGACGGGCUCCAAGCUGGACAAGAACAACCUUGGCAGCCCCUCCAUCACCACCAAUGGAACAGGAGGUGAAAGCAUGACUGUGCUGAACACGGCUGAUUGGCUGCUGGGCUGCAGCAGCCCGUCUCCUGCCUCGUGUUCCAAGGACUAUGUGAAAACCGAGCCUUUGAACAACAGCGAUGCCGUCACCACAACAGGCGACACAUCACUGGACACGUAUGCAGGCUCAGUCAUCACCAGCAGCGGGUACAGCCCUCGUUCAGCCCACCAGUACUCCCCUCCCCUCUACCCGUCAAAGCCCUACCCUCACAUCCUCUCCACGCCGGCAGCACCGCCCAUGCCAACGUAUGCUGGGCAGCCUCAGUUCAGCAGCAUGCAGCAGUCAACCAUGUACACAGCCUACUCACAGACAGGACAAGCCUACGGACUGUCCACAUACGACCUGGGUGUGAUGCUUCCAGGGAUUAAGACAGAGGGCAGCUUAACCCAGAGUCAGUCCCCACUGCAGACAGGGCUCAGCUACAGCCCAGGUUUCACCACACCUCAGCCUGGACAGACUGCCUACUCCCCCUACCAGAUGCCAGGCUCUAGUUUCACUGCUUCCUCGGGCCUCUACGCCUCCAACAACUCUGUGUCCAACCCUGCCAACUACACUGCCACACAGCAGGAUUAUCCCUCAUACACGACGUUUGGCCAAAACCAGUAUGCGCAGUAUUACUCUGCCUCCACUUACGGGACAUAUAUGACCUCCAACAGCAUGGACGGCACUGGUUCCACAGCAGCCUACCAGCUGCAAGAUCCCACCCCUGCUAUGACGGGGCAGGCUGCUGAACUUCACCAAGGGGACUUUGAAACAGUGCAGAGCCCCUCCACGCCUAUCAAAGAGCUGGACGACAGAGCCUGCCGGAGCGGGGGGUCCAAGACUCGUGGCAGGGUGCGCAAAAACAACCCCUCUCCUCCUCCGGACAGUGACCUGGAGAGGGUGUUCGUGUGGGAUCUGGAUGAGACCAUCAUCGUCUUCCACUCUCUGCUCACUGGCUCAUAUGCACAGAAAUAUGGCAAGGACCCUCCCAUGGCGGUGACGCUUGGCCUGAGGAUGGAGGAGAUGAUCUUCAACUUGGCAGACACGCACUUAUUUUUCAACGACCUGGAGGAAAAGAGAGUUGCUUUGAGCGCAUAAUGCAAAGGUUUGGCAGGAAAGUAGUGUAUGUUGUAAUUGGGGACGGUGUGGAAGAGGAACAGGCGGCCAAAAAGCACAACAUGCCCUUCUGGAGGAUAUCCAGCCACUCGGACUUGCUGGCUUUACACCAAGCACUGGAGUUUGAAUACCUGUAAGGACGGUAGAACAUGGACUUAUGCAAUGUUACCAUGGAAACAGCCCUUUUUUUUUGUACAACUAUUUAAGAACAAAUACUAGACUGCAACUUUUUUUUUUUAUCUUUUCAAUGUCUGGAUUUACAAACUCUUAAUGGUCUUAAACAAAGAGGUUGGAGGAGGUAAAGAAAAGGUCGUAGGGUUGGGAGUUCCCCGGCUCAGUCCUCCCAGUCUGGACGCUGUGACGAGCCUCUGAAAACCCAGUCUGUCCACACAGCUGAACCAGAACAUGAAGGAAGAAGACUUCCACAAGGACCUCCUCACAUUACUCUGAAGGCUUCUCUGUACAGGUUAAUGUAAACUGGAACUUUUUUUAAGGGUUUUCUUCCUGGUGGGUAACUCAAAACGAUGCAGACUGUGGUUAAAAAGAAUCUGUAAAUUAUUUCCAAUAAACUUAAGA